CUAUUUGGCUCCUCAGCUUCUUUUUCUUUGGAAGCUUCACAAGGAAUAGAACCACAAUUUCAUUGACUUCUUUCUUUCCUAGCCACCAAGAUAGACAAUACAGGUCAAAAAGUGCAUAUUUUUCGCUCAUAUUUCACCUUUCUAGUAAUAAAAACGUGUGAUCAUUUCUUGUUCUAUUGAUUUACGGAAGUAAACAUCAAUCUGUUUUGCAUGCUCCUAAAUCUUUUCUGUCCUAUUGAAAAAGAAAAUUACUCCUAAUACUUUACCCCAAAGUUAAGGUCUUUAAUUGGUGGUAAUUACAUUGUUAGAUACCACAAGCUUUGACAACUCCUAGGAUUUUUUUUAGUAUCAAUGGCUUGUUCUUUGAAUACUGGUUUCUCUGUUUCUGUCCCCUGUUUCAACUCCAGAGCCAAAGGGUAUUCUCGUCAUUGCUCUUCAAAUGCAACUCUGCAACUUAAAGAUUUAACAUCCAGAGAAUUUCAAGGCAAACCCUUGGAUCAUAGACAGGAACAAGUAUCAGUAUGUGUUGGCAGUGGUCAGGCAUGGUGGGAGAAGACCCUUAAACCCAACAUGGUAGAGAUAAAUUCAGCACAACAACUUGUUGAUUCAUUGUUAAAAGCUGGUGAUAGAUUGGUCAUAAUUGACUUCUACUCUCCUGGCUGUGGAGGUUGCAAGACUUUACAUCCUAAGAUGUGUCAGCUAGCUGAAUCAAAUCCCAAUGCCAUAUUCCUCAAAGUAAACUAUGAAGAACUCAAAACCAUGUGCAGUGUUCUUCAUAUACCUGUCUUACCUUUUUUCAGAUUCUAUAGGGGUGCACAAGGCAAAGUUUGUAGCUUCAGCUGUACUAAUGCAACAAUCAAGAAAUUUAAAGAUGCACUAUCAAGGUAUAGGAAUGAUGGGUGCAGCCUUAGUCCAGCAAAAGGCCUUGAUGAAUCUGAGCUUUUAGCUUUAGCCUCAAUUGGACAAAUAUCAAUAAAAUCAUCCUUUGGUUAUCCAGUGAAGGAUAAACAGGAAGAAACUGUCCCUAACAGAAGCACAUAUGUCGAGCACUUGUAAGAAAUUAAAUACGAGGAAAUGGUGGGACUUAUUUUAAAGAAGCCAUGAAGUCGUGAUGCCUAGAAUAGAAAUUCUUGGAUAGAAGACUUCUUAUUUAUGAGUGAAAAAUAACUCCAUAGUAUUACUUUCUUUGAAGCUUACCCAGGACAUGACCGGUUAUAGGAGGAGUUGGAGGUCGAGUAUGAAGAUAGAAGGCUAAUAGGGAGCCGCGAGAUUUUCUUUUUCGUAUUAGGAGUAUUAUUAUCAUUGUUCACUCGAUUAUUUUUUCUAGAUCUCUCAUAUAGCUUGCUU